AUUUAAAAUCGCCGCUUUCCCACCUCCCACCAGAACCUCUCCCCGCCUCGGCGUGGGGCUCGGCCGCCCGAUCCCGGCUCCAGCGGCGGGUUCCGUGGGAUGUGCGGAGAAGGGCCGAACCGGAGGAAUAACGACCCCGACUUCGUCUCUGGGCCCACCUUCGGCUGCUUCCUCCGCAGCAAUCUUCUCCUCUCCUUUGCUUUUCCUCCGCUAUUCCCUCCCAACCUAAAAAUCAUCCCUCCCCACCUCCCGGGACUGAUUUCCCCGCACGCAGAGCAGCGAGCCCCGGGCACCGGCGGCUCCUCCGCCCGCCUCCCUGCCAGCACCGGCACGGGCUCUCCAUGGAACCGCUGCGGCUGAAGUUUGCCCAGAGCGAGGGAUGAGCGAUGGAGGGGCCGAGCCUGGCAGGAGCCCCGUGCUGCUGGCCGAGCCCCUGCCCACCGGGCGAGCCCGGGAGAAGGCAGCGAGCCGGGAGGAGCUGGAGAGCGUUCGGCGAGGCGGAGGAAGCAGUGGGUUCAAGGACAUCCCGGGAACAUCGACUGUCAGCCCCGGUUCCUCCAAGGAGUGCGCCCCGGACAGCGAGAGCCCGGCGGGAGCCGGCGAAGCGGACUAUUGCCGCCGCAUCCUGGUGCGAGAUGCCAAAGGGACCAUCCGGGAGAUUGUGCUCCCCAAGGGUCUGGACCUGGACCGACCCAAACGGACGCGGACGUCCUUCACGGCGGAGCAGCUCUAUCGCCUGGAGCUGGAGUUCCAGCGCUGCCAGUACGUGGUGGGCAGGGAGAGGACGGAGCUAGCGAGGCAACUCAACCUCUCUGAGACCCAGGUCAAGGUCUGGUUCCAGAACCGCCGCACCAAGCAGAAGAAGGACCAGAGCAGGGACUCUGAGAAACGCUCCACCGCCGCCACCUCCGAGUCCUUCGCCACCUGCAACAUCCUGCGGCUGCUGGAGCAAGGUCGGCUGCUGUCCGUGCCGGCCCCCCCCAGCCUCCUCUCUCCCACCCCCAAUCCCAUCGCCAGCCCUACCGGCAGCGCCUCUGGCUUGGCCACUCCGGGAACCGCAUCCCCUGGGCUCGGCGGGGGGAGCAGCCCCACGGGACCGGGAGCCUUCAGCCUGCAAGUUCCUUCUCUCGCCACUUCCUCCUCCUCCUCCUCUUCCUCCUCGCCCAGGCUGCCGGCCACCCCGCUGUGUUUCGGGGGGCCGCUUCUGGGCACCCUCCACGACCUUCCGGGCACUUACGGACUGGGCACCUCUGCUUUUGAGCCUUACACGCGGCUGGAAAGGAAGGACAGUUCUCUACCCAGCAAGAAGCCGAGCCCUUAA